AAGAGUUAAUGCAGGGGACGUUGGGUCCCGGCCAUGCCUUCCGCAUGUAGAUCGGUGUAUGGACAUCUUCACUUUUCGAUGCUGCCUACAUGCCAUAUGCUUUUUUGGCAUGCAUUUCCAGAUGCAACAUGCAUCUUACGAUGACUGCUCCAAUUGAACUAGCCUCUAGUGGCAUCGCGCCUGCCGUCUCUGACGACAGCAGUAUUAUUUCUUUAGGUCUGUUUGCUAUAUUCAUAUAGUACAGAAGUACCUUCAUCUGUCCAGUAUAUUCCAACACACACACCAUCUCUCAUCAAUACCUUCAAGAUGCCUCUCGCAGCAGUCGGACAAAUGCGCUCCCAGGCCUCCAUGGCCGACAACCUCAAGCAAGCCCAAUCCCUCUGCCGCAAAGCCCACGAAGCAGGCGCAGCCGCCCUCUUCCUCCCAGAAGCAGCAGACUACCUAACCACCUCGGGCGGUCUCAAACUCUGCAAAUCCGUCCAAGAUUCCGAAUUCGUCCAAGGCCUCUGCAAAUCCGCCAAAGAAUACUCCCUCCCCAUCUCCGUCGGCAUCCACGAGCCUACAGACGAUGGCAAAAAAGUUAAGAAUACAUUGAUCUGGAUCACCGCGUCAGGAGAAAUAAAAUACCGCUACCAAAAACUCCACCUCUUCGACAUGGACGUAAAAGACGGCCCGCAAAUGCAAGAGUCCGCAGGCGUAGAACGCGGCGUCCACCUAGGCGAUCCCUUCGACUCCCCCGUCGGCAAACUAGGCAUGCAAAUCUGCUUCGACCUGCGCUUCCCCGAACCGGGUUUAGCACUACGGGCCCGCGGUGCAGAAGUUCUGUUAUACCCCGCUGCCUUCACGACGCCCACGGGCAAAGCAGGACAUUGGGAGAUUUUGAUCCGUGCCCGUGCGAUUGAGACGCAGAGUUACAUUAUCGCUGCGGCGCAGGUGGGUGUGCAUGAUGAGGAGGGUAAGAGGCGGAGUUGGGGUCACAGCAUGAUUGUGGAUCCGUGGGGGAAGAUUGUUGCGGAGUUGGGGGGUGAUGAGGGGGAGGGGGGGAGUUGGAAGGAUGAGGGUGAGAUUGCAGUGGCGGAGAUUGAUCUUGAGUUUGUGAGGAAUAUGAGGAAUGACAGCCCGUUGAAGAGGAGGACGGAUGUUUAUAAUGAGUUGGUCUAGGGUGGUGGAAAAUUCGUUAUAUGUGUUGUAUUGCAUCAUGAGGAGUACCCAAAAUCUACAAGUCUGCUAGGAAUGCCAUUGUACAUGCCGUUC